AUGUUAAAUUUACGCAAGUUUUAUUUUGAAUAUCAUGAUUAUUUUGAUGAUAAUUAUAAAUUAACUCCCUAUCAUCGAUUAAGUAAUCAAUUUCUAUGUUCAUUUUGGAUCGAACGACAAUGGAUAUUUGAUGUCAGUAUUGAUAAUUUCGAUAUAAUCUAUUCAAUUCAACCAUAUAGAUAUGCACAAAGACCUUACAUAGAAAAAAAAAGGUUUGAAUUUGAAGAACAUAAACUGUAUCAUCAAAAUAUAAUAGAAAAUAUUAAUUCACCAAUUCCACUCUCAGUAACAAAUCAUUUACAUGAAAGCAUAAAUAAAAUAUUGAUCAAUAAGAUGAAUCUAUUUUUAACUGUAUUCAAGAUUACUCAUCUUGAUGUUGAUUGUAGUACGAUUACAAUAUCAAACUUAAUCAAUCUGAUACAGCAGUUAUCCUAUCUAAAGCUCUUAAGAAUGUCACAUUUACCAUUACUUAAAACAGAAUAUUUAAUCAAUGAAAAACGACGUAUUAUACGUUUAUCACAAAAAAAUAAAAAUAUUACACGAGUUAAUCUAGAAUAUGUAUCUCAAAUUGAACAAAUUCAAUUUAUUUUCAAAACCAAUGCUAAAUUCAUCAAAUAUCUUAUUUUAAUGUGCUUAUUUAUUCCAUCGAUUAUGAAAACUAUAAUUAUACAAUUAAACAUAUAG